ACGCUCUGUUCCUUGUUGGACUGCCUGCUGACAGAAGACAACACUCCUCCUGACUCUCCCAGGGAACUCUAUGAGAUCUACUUUGUCUUCGCCUGCGUCUGGGCCUUUGGAGGAGCUCUGUUCCAAGACCAUUUGAUCGACUAUCGCGCCGAGUUCAGUCGCUGGUGGUCGAAGGAGAUGAGAGCGGUGAAGUUCCCCUCGCAGGGCACAGUGUUCGACUACUUCAUAGACUCCGACACUAAGAAGUUCAGUCCCUGGAUUGAGAGGACGCCCCGGUUUGAGCUGGAGCCUGAUGUCCCCUUACAGACGGUGCUAGUCCACUCGGCAGAGACCAUCUGUCUGACGUACUUCAUAGACCUGCUCCUGCAGAGAGGCAAGCCUGUGAUGUUGGUGGGGAACGCUGGAGUAGGGAAGACCAUCCUGGUCUCUGAUAAAGUAGCCAAGCUACAGGAGGACUACAUGGUGGCUAAAGUCCCCUUCAACUACUACACCACCUCGGCUAUGCUACAGCGUGUGUUAGAGAAGCCUCUAGAGAAGAAGGCAGGGCGUAACUAUGCUCCUCCUGGAACCAAGAAACUCAUCUACUUCAUAGAUGACCUGAACAUGCCUGAGGUGGAUGUGUAUGGUACUGUCCAGCCACACACACUCAUACGCCAGCACCUGGACUACAACCACUGGUACGACAGACAGAGGCUGGUGCUGAAAGAGAUUCAUAACUGUCAGUACAUCACCUGUAUGAACCCUACAGCAGGGAGCUUCUCAGUCAACCCCAGACUACAGAGGCAUUUCUCAGUGUUUGCGGUUCAUUUCCCUAGCACUGAGGCGCUAGCCACUAUCUUCACUAGCAUCCUGUCAGCCCAUUUCCUCCAGGGGGGCUUCAGCUAUGGCGUCUCGCGCUCGGUAGGAACACUAAUACAGGCAGCCAUCUGUCUCCAUCAGAAGGUCAGUCAGAACUUCCUCCCCACGGCCAUACGCUUUCACUAUAUCUUCAACCUGAGGGACCUCUCCAACAUCUUCCAGGGUAUUCUGUUUGCCCUGCCAGAUUGUGUGCGUUACCCCAUAGACCUUGUCCAUCUGUGGCUCCAUGAGUCGUCCCGGGUUUACUCUGACAAACUGAUGGAGGAGAAGGAUGUGGAACUCUUCAACAAGAUUCUACUGGACACUGGCAAGAGAUACUUUGAGCCCAGGUACCACCAGGCAUCAGACUGGGAAAAGCUCCAGAAGACCCUGACUGAUGCUCUGGAACACUACAACGAGCUGCAUGCUGUCAUGAACCUGGUGCUCUUUGAGGAGGCAAUGCAGCAUGUGUGUCGUAUCAGUCGUAUCCUGGAGGCCCCCCAUGGUAAUGCUCUGCUGGUGGGGGUGGGAGGCAGUGGGAAGCAGAGUCUGUGUCGCCUCGCUGCCUUCCUCAGUACCCUGGAGGUGUUCCAGAUUACACUGAGGAAGGGCUACGGGAUACAUGACCUACGGAGUGAUAUUGCAGCGCUGUACAUCAAGGUGGGGGUGAAGAAUAUUGGGACAGUCUUCCUCCACACAGAUGCCCAGAUCCCAGACGAACGCUUCCUGGUCCUCAUCAACGACAUGCUGGCGUCAGGGGACAUCCCAGACCUGUUCAGUGAGGAGGAAGUGGAUAUGAUCGUGACGUCCAUCCGUAUGGAGCUAAGAGGACUGGGCCUGAUUGACAACAGAGACAACUGCUGGGCCUUCUUCAUCGAGAGGAUACGGAGGCAGCUCAAGGUGGUCCUGUGUUUUUCCCCGGUAGGGUUCACCCUGCGUACCCGUGCUCGUAAGUUCCCGGCCCUGGUCAACUGUACAGCCAUAGACUGGUUCCACUCCUGGCCUCAGCUGGCCCUUCAGUCUGUCAGCACCACCUUCAUAGAGAAGAUACCUGAUCUGGAGCCGGAUGUCCGUGCGUCCAUCAGUGAGUUUAUCUCCUACGCCCAUACCAGCGUUAACGAGGUGAGUGUGAAGUACCAGCAGAACGAGAAGCACUUCAACUACACCACUCCCAAGAGCUUCCUAGAGUUUAUGAAGCUGUACGGUAACCUACUGGGGAGAAAACGCAGAGAGCUCACUCAGAAGAUGGAGAGACUGGAGAACGGCCUGCAGAAACUACAGACCACGGCCUCACAGGUGGAGGAUCUUAAGGCGAAGUUAGCAGUCCAGGAAGUAGAGCUGUGGCAGCGGAACACAGACACAGAGGCUCUCAUCUCUAAGAUCGGCCAGCAGACAGACAAACUCAACCAGGAGAGGGCGGUGGCAGACGCGGAGGAACAGAGGGUAGGAACCAUCCAGGCUGAGGUGACCACACAGCAACAGCAGAGUGAAGAGGACCUGGCGAAGGCUGAACCUGCCUUACAGGCAGCUGACGCAGCCCUCAACACACUCAACAGGCUGAACCUGACAGAGUUGAAGACGUUCCCUAACCCCCCGGCCAUAGUGACCAACGUUUCUGCUGCUGUCAUGGUGCUACUGGCUCCUCAUGGUAAAUUACCCAAAGACCGCAGCUGGAAGGCAGCCAAAGUAGUCAUGAGCAAGGUGGAUGACUUCCUACAGGCGUUGGUGAACUUUGACAAGGAACACAUCCCGGAAUCGACAGUGAGGUGCGUGAGAGAUGAGUACCUCAGUGACCCAGAGUUUAACCCUGAGUUUGUCAGACUCAAAUCAUCCGCCGCCGCCGGUCUCUGUGCCUGGGUCCUCAACAUCAUACGCUUCCACGAG